UUACCAAUGUGGGGCAGUUAAACCCUGACUGGAAGGAUUAAAUAGAAGCACAUGAUGAUUCAACCCGUGGUUUUCACUUGAAACAGACCUCAUGCCACGGACUAAAUGAAUGAAUUUUCCUUUCUUUUCUCCCCUGACACCGUAGCCUGCUUCUUUCCAUCGAGUCCAUGAUGGCAUCCCCAAGGCUGGAGACGUUCUGCUGCCCAAACCGAGACGCAUCGACCGAAUUUGUCAUUACUUUUCAGCCCCUCUUCUUUGGCGCCAUUUGCAUCGGUAGCGCAACUUUAAGUUUGAUAUUUUCUAUUUUACAAAUUUUGCCCAAACGUAGGGGUUACAGGCGCCUUGGACAGUACCCUCUUCCCAAACCAGCGUCUUCGUGGAGAAUAUUGUUUAUCAUCAGCAUAUGUGAUAUACUGGGAUGUGCAGGUAUCAUAGUGAGGUCAUCCAUCUGGCUGGGCCUGCCCAACCUUGUCAGGGGGAUCAAUGUGGCCAACAACAGCGACAUGUGGCCAGAGGUGUUCUGUGUCGGCAGUGCAAUGUGGAUCCAGCUGUUCUUCAGUGCAUCCUUCUGGUGGACCUUCUGUUAUGCUGUGGAUGUCUUCCUGGUGGUCAGAAGAUCUGCAGGAAUCAGUACCAUCAUCCUCUAUCACAUGAUCACAUGGGGUCUGGCCGUGUUGCUGUGUGUGGAGGGUGUGGCUAUGCUCUACUACACAUCCAUCUCCAGCUGUGAAAAUGGCCUGCAGCAUGCCAUUCCUCACUACAUUACUACCUACGCUCCUCUAAUGCUGGUGCUUAUAGUCAACCCUACACUGUUCGCCAGGACUGUGUCUGCAGUGACAGCAUUAUUGAAGGGACAACAAGGGAUCUACACAAAAAAUGAGAGACGCCUGGGAACAGAGAUAAAAAUACGCUUCUUCAAAAUCAUGCUGGUCUUCUUUAUUUGCUGGAUUCCCAACAUCAUCAAUGAGAGCCUGCUGUUUUACCUGGAGAUGCAGACAGACAUAAAAGCCAGUGACCUGAAAAAUAUACGAAACACAGCCCUCAUCACUUGGUUUAUCAUGGGGAUCCUGAACCCCAUGUCAGGCUUCCUCAACACGUUGGCCUUCCAUGGCUGGACGGGCUUUGAUGUGGACUGCAGCCUGCAGAGGAGAAGGGAGCUGGCCUGGGAUUCAGCCUCCACCUCGGCGGCUAACAACCCCAUCGUGGGCUCCACCCUGCUCUACCAGAGCCACGCCCAGGAGGCCAAGAACAUGACCGGCAAGAACAUCAAGGGCAAUGGGCAGCCAGCCUCUGAUGCCAUCAGCGUCCUAUCAGAAGGUUCAGAGUCUAGUACAAUUGAAAUCGACAUUUCCACUGAGCACCAAGACUAUGAGGAUAUAGACGCAGAUGGAGAAUCAUUGGAGAGUUCUGCAAGGCACUAGCUGCUGCAUCACCUGCUGCCAGCCUCCACUCUCCAUCUUGUUUUGUCUCUCCCCCACUGAGUUUUAGACCCUGUCCCCAUCCGCUGUUUGAAAACCCUCAACUCAGACACCUCUUUAGAUCCAACAGCAGAGUUAAAAAUGAUCUGUCUACCUAUACCAUUUCAUUUAUUUCGCUCUUAAGAACUGCUGUAGCAAAGUCAUAGGCUUGAUGUUGUCACAGAACAACAUGACACAUUUGGCCACCAGUCUGCUCCUCUAAUGUCACGACGAUACAUAACAGGACCAGUUAAUUUGCCUCAUCACUGGACACCCUCUUAAAUCGCCAUUUGCUAAAUACAGUGUGGUGUUACAUUAUUGAACUAUCACCUGUACAGUAAUGGAAUAGUCCCUGAGGCUACCUUAUAUUCCUGCUUUAGCAAACUGGCUCAAAUUAAGAUCUUACAUCUUGAUCCAGUAUUACUGCCCUAUAUGACAUGUUCACAUAAUUAGCCCCCAAAAGCAUAAAAUAAUGUGAAUAUCUUUUCUGAGAUGCUAUUUAGAGGAAAACAAUUUGUAGUUGGGGUUUUUAUAAUUACAUGUUUUACAUUGCACUUUGAUUCUAUUUUAUACAGUAUUAAACAUCAAACAAUUAUUGAGGUGGUGUUAUCUUUAACCCAAAUUGAAGCAGGGUGUCACGCCCUGACCUUAGAGAGACUUUUUUAUUCUCUAUUUGGUUAGGUCAGGGUGUGACUUGGGUGGGCAAAUCUAUCUGUUCUAUUUCUUUGUUGGCCGGGUAUGGUUCCCAAUCAGAGGCCAUCGUUGUCUCUGAUUGGGGAUCAUACUUAGGCAGCCUGUUUUCCACCUGAGUUUGUGGGAUCUUGAUUUUGUUAGUUGCUGUAUAGCCUGCAGAACUUUACGUUCAUUUAUCUUUUGUUGUUUUUUUGGUGUUCAUCAAAAUAAAGAAAGCUGUACGCAUA